AUGUCCAACAACUCCAUACGGCCUGCCUUCAGGGCAGGUCGGGCUGUUCUCGAGACCUCAAUACGGACUGCAUCACCAUCUCUGCAAACCAGGUGCUUCUCGGCCUCGACGCCACGGCAAGCCGGCAAUGUCAUCACAUUCUCCAAGACGUCCAACGCCGAGCUCGACGGCCUCCUCCACGAGAUGCAGCAAAAGAUCAUCCUCCCCAGUGUACUACCUCUCGUCCAGAGGAAAAAGAUAUUCCGUGAGCGCUACAAGGAGAAGCUGGAGCUUGAGCCCAUCGAGAUCGAGAUCGACGGCCAGCGCAUCAAGUUCCGAUACCUCGACUACAGGAAAGGCGACGUUCCUAACACGCGCAAGAUCUUUUUCCAGGCUCUUGACAACAUGAAGACCAAGGAGGACUGGCAGAAGCUACCCAAGCUACUCGAGGCUCUCCAGUACAACGCGCGGCGCAAGUUCGAGAUCUCGGACUGGCCCAAGAUCGUGAGGAAGGCUGGCUUCAGCGGCAACCUAGGCCCCAUCAUCGAGGCCGUGAAGAGGCCCGAGAGGACAGGCUUCAAGCUGGAUAUGUCAGAGAAGGUCCAGGAAAUCAUGACCUUCAUAGUUUGGGAGGCAGCCGAGGCCGGGUGGACCGUCUCGUCACUGCAGAGAGCGCUCAAGUCCGCCGAGAGGAUACUGGAGAUCCUGCAGGAAGAGGGCCAUGAGCUUCAUACGAGGGACCAGGAGCACGCGGAGUUGAUCAAGGGGCGUUUCUCCCUCAGGAAGGACCCACAGAUCCUGGCCACACCGUUGUUCCUCACAGCCAUGCUGGCAGUCAAGCAUGGCAAGACCGAGCACGCCGACAAGAUGCACAGGUAUGCGCAGGUCAUCUUGAGCCUGUGGCCGGAGAAUCAGGGGCUUCUGGAGCUGCACCCGCACACGUCCUAUGUCGACGUGGAGGGCACGCAGUACCUGAUGGAGAAGAACAAGUUUCUGCUAGCAGCGUCACCAAUCUUGAAGGGCUUCGACCUGGCCGCGGAGGGAUUGAGCCCCGAUCUUGCGAGCCAUAUCAAACUCCGGAGGGACCCACUAGCCGCCGAGGUGAGGAGCGCUCUUGAGGCGGAGGAUAUGAAGAAGGGGCGGGGGAAAUACUUGUAUGAAAAAUGCUUCCUGGAGCCGAGUGAGGCACAUAAGGAGGCCGAGGCCACAGAGGCUUCUUGA